CUCAAAAAGUGCCGAGCUGACCAUCCAAGAUGCCAGAUGCCUGGGGAUCUCCCUAUGCCCACCAGGGUUAUCGACGUCGGGCUAGAAGGCGUCAGGGAACCAUUCUUGUUCGAGACAAAGGGAUCAGCCUGCAAAAAUAAGCCAUACAUUGCGCUCAGUUAUUGCUGGGGCUGGUGGGAGCAGCACCCGCCUAUGAAGACCGUCAAGAAGGAUUUCCCAGAGUUCAAGCUCAAGGCAAAUUAUCAAGAACACCUCGAGGCCAUCAAGUUCUCACAUAUGCCCAAGACGAUUCAAGAUGCAGUGACGAUCACCCGGAAGCUGGGCAUACAGUACUUGUGGGUGGAUGCCUUGUGCAUCAUUCAGCACGACGCGGAGGAGUGGAUCAGAGAGUCUGGCAAGAUGUGCGACGUCUAUUCAAACGCACUGCUCACCAUCUCAGCCACGCAAGCCGAGGGCUCCUCUCCGCUGGCCGCACGAGCGUGGUGCAUGCAGGAGAGUGUCCUCUCGAACCGGAUCUUGCACUAUACGUCCGACGAGAUGAUGUGGGAGUGCAACGAGGCGGGAUGGUGCGAGUGUGAGGGCUAUGACAUGUCCUUCUUCUGGAGGAACGUCUGGAGUAACUAUGUGCAUGUCUUCACGAGGCGGAGCAUCACCGACAAGAAGGACAAGCUUCCUGCAUUGUCGGGCCUGGCAAGGAAAUUUUCGGAUCUCUUGACCCGUCACCUGGGUCGCCAGCCCACAUACCUUGCGGGGCUCUGGGGCGACGAGUUACUGGUGAGGAGCCUUUGUUGGUAUGUCACCUACACGGCAGCCUCGUGGCGUUCCGACAACGGUACAAUCACUGGUGUGUACGAUCCCAGGCGUGCUGAGCCGUGGCGUGCUCCAACAUGGUCGUUUAUGUCAUUGGAUGCGCCCAUCUCACCGAUGGAUGCGCUUCGCGUAGAGAGUGCGGUGGAAGUUUUGGAGGCGACAGCAGAGCCCCUCGACCGAGCCGCCGAUCCGUUUGGACAGGUCGCCUCGGCCAAACUUGUUCUGCGCGGCCGGCUU